AAGGGGAAAGCGACAAAGCCACGUUCUGGUCAGCACAGGCACUGCCAGAACUGCUUCAGCAAACGAUGCCAAGCUCCCAUCAACACUGGUGUCUCCUGUGUGAUGAUAAGCUGCCCCUCGCACUGCGGCGCCACUUUCCAUAUGUGCAAGGAGGAGGAACAUCAACUGCUGUGCCCUAACGAAUGGGUGCCGUGCCUCAAUUCAGUAUUUGGAUGCCCAUUCUAUAUGAAUAGGUGUAAGCAGGCCAAGCACCUCAAGGUCUGCCCAGCUAGUGUGGUCUGCUGUUCCAUGGAUUGGAACCGAUGGCCCAUUCUAGAUCAUGAUCAAACGCUUUACGAGAAUCUUCUGAAGGAGGAAGAAAGUGAGGAAUGCCUGGACUUGGCCUUAUCGCUAAGGGAUCAAAAGAUUCUCUUUAGAUCUCUUAAACUGGCGGAACUUUUUCCAGAACUCUCCGAAGACCCUAAAAACACAAUAAACUUGUCGAGGCCUGAGGAAGACCUGGAAGCCGGUGCUGUUGGAGGAAGUAAUCUAUCAUCAAAUGUAGCCAACGGUGUGGAACCUGGUGGCCUGACUCAGUUUGAGCGAGAAGCUCUGGCUCGGGGUCAACUCGACAAUGAUUUUGGUAAUUUCUUCCAGUGGGAGGCUAUGUUUAGCAAAGAGAAGAAAGCAUCCGAAUAUCUAGAGAAAGCAGGUGAUCAGAGCACCAGUGCAUCAGCUGGAACCAGCAAAGCACCGGGUGGCAAACCAGAUGCAGAAGGGAAAAAUCCAGAAACUAAUGAGGGCAAAGAUGACAAUGAAUGCAAUAGAAGAUAUCUGGAGCAAAUGGAGAAGACUGGCCUUGCUCCAUGGCAAGAGGGGGUCUUGGAAAGACUGAAAAAUGAAGUGGAUUGCGGCAGUUACAACAUGUACAUUGUGCACCAUGGCAGCAUGCUUAUCCGAUUUGGACAGAUGGCGGCAUGCACUCCCAAAGAGAAGGACUUUGUGUACGGAAACCUGGAAGCCCAGACGGUAAAGACUGUGUGCACCUUCAAAAUACCAACAAGCUACUGUGGCCGUAGAGCCCAACUCGGGGAAGAGAAUCCCAAGAAGGAGAGAGGUGAGCAAUUGGUGGACACAUCUGACCUUGGCCUUCCAGAAGAAGACUUGUCACAAGCUAAAACUAUUUAUACAAUCUUGAUGUGUGCCCUGGAGAGGGAGCUUAAAGGUCACGAGGUGUCACAGAUGAAGGCCCUAGAUGGGCUGCUCAUCGAUUUUGGAACUCAAACUUAUAAUUUCGGUCAAGAUCCCUUCACUAAAAGAACAGUUUUAUGGGAUCUUAUUACCGAAAAGGAAAUGAGACAUUUGGGUCUUAAACUGGAUAUUCUGAGUGAGAGUGUAUGUGGCAGACAUAACAAGAGCAAUUCGUCCUUCACCUUUUCGUGCCAACUCUUCUUCCGUAGAGAUGAGUUCUCCUCACAUUAUAAAAAUGCCCAUUGUGACAUACAGUCCAGUCUUGGUGGCUGGUUCCAGCAACGUUGCCCACUUUCCUACUUGGGCUGCACCUUUUUACAAAAUCGCUUUCGUCCUGCAGGAGUGAGGUCACAGGUCAUCUACAGCAAACAGCUCAAGACGUUUGCCGUGAAGCCACUGAUGGACUGCAGUCUGUAUCAGGGAGUAAGACCCAACCUUUCAAGGAGCAAUCGAGGAAAGAGCAAAGACUCACUCUCCAACCUUCCACUUGAGAUUCUACAACACAUUGCUGGGUUCUUGGACAGCUUCAGUCUCUGCCAGUUUUCCCAAGUCUCUACCCUCAUGAGAGAUGUCUGUGCCUCAUUAUUGCAAGAGAGGGGGAUGGUCCAUCUCCUCUGGGAGAAAAAAGACUUAUUCUCAUGGUGGAAGUUCAUGGAGGUGUCGGAAAAAGGUCUGGAACUUCAGCAGCCUCUUCUCUCCGGUCCAUCGGUGGACCUUCAAUGACAUCUCCAUGUCUGAACACCUCAAGGUUUGUCCUUUCAAUUCCCCCGAGACAAAGAAGGAGCCUUUCCAUCUGCCCAGCGUGUACACCACUCGGGAGGGCGAGAAGAAGAGCAGCCUGCUAAACCUGCCAAGGAAAGUUGUAG